AUGAGCCGGCAGAUGGAGGACCAACAGCGACUGCAAGCUGAGUUUGAGUCGUCUCUGCUUGUGCGACAGGAGAAGUUUGGGGAAGACGUGCAACAGCUGGGCGAGAACCUCCACACGCUCCACAGCUUGGAGGCUGCCUGCCUGGACCAGCUGCGCGGAGGACUGGCGGAAGUGCACGCCGCACUGCACCGCGAGAUGGCUUCGCUCUCACGCGUGGAAGAUCAGCUGGGGGAGCUUCGCGAGGAGGUGAUGCAGCCCAGCCCUGCUGCUGCGCAACAGCACCAGCAAGACCAUCAAGCCACCAUGCUGGCGUCCAGGCAAGUCUCUGAGCUUCUACACCAGGAGCGGGCACGGGCAGCCGCUGCCCGUCUCCGGAACCUCGUAGCACCGCCUUUCAAGGACAUUGGCUCUUUGCAAGUGGCCUUUGUCCUUUGGAAGAUGCGGUCCCGGUAUCGCGUGGCUUUCGAACACUCGCUUGCUUACCGGGAGAAGAUGGUCGACAGAGCUGACCUGCAGGCCAUAGUGACUGCCUGGCGCAGUGCCUCGAGACCAUCGAAAGAAAGGUUCCUGGACUCCGAGCUACAGGAGUUGGCCAAGCUGCCGGCACCCGAGCCCGUACGAGAGGCAGAGAAGCCCCGGGCCAUACCGUCUGCACGCUUCACCUCCAAGCUGCUGGCUGAAGUGCGCGCCGGAAACAUGGCGCCGAAGAAGCAGCAGCCAAAGGUGGAGGAGGAGGUCGUGGUGCCGGAGUCAGAGGAUGAGCCAGAAGAGCCUGAGAUUUUGACGAAGUGUCUACGAGCUCCUGGACAGCUCUUCUAUGGCGAAGUUAAGGCCGGUUACAAACAGCGCAAAGGCCAAUGGAUUCGACAUGGCAAAGGGCAGCAGAUCAUGACGGCUGUGACGCCGAUGGGUUUGGGGCCCAAUCAGCGCCCUGCGUUCGAGACCUUGGUCGUCAGCAUCUACGAAGGCGCUUGGGAGGAAGAUGUACCCUGCGGUGAAGGUAGCUAUCGUUGGAGCGAUGGCAGUUCCUACGAAGGGAACUUCGAGCAAGGGAGGAUGCACGGCCAAGGCCGCUUUGUGUGGGCUGACGGAAGUUCAUACGAAGGCAGCUGGUUCCAAGGAGCCUUUCACGGUGAGGGCACCUUCGACUCCCGCUGGGAUGGCGGCCGGUACAUGCAAGGCGAAUUCCACUACAACUGCUUCCAGAAGUCUGAUGGUCGCUGGGUGGAUAUCUUGCAGCACAUCAAGAGCCAUGAGAUGCGAGAGAGCCUUUGA